AGCAACAAUUAAACACAAAGUCAUAAUUUAAUUUCCGGCCAAACCGCCGCCGUGCUGGAAAAGAAAAGCCACCACUCCUUCUCCCCGCCCGCGCCUUCCGCUAGCUUCGUUGUAAACCAAAAAAUGGGGAAAGAAAAGGAAGGAGACUCCAAGAGAAAUAGCAAUAGUAAUAACAGUAGAAAGAAGAAGAGUUGGUGGAUGGCAUCGAUUUUCAUGCAUGCCGACGCGGUGGACAAAUUUCUGAUGACGUUAGGUUUCAUCGGAGCUAUUGGAGACGGCCUCACGACCCCUCUCGUUUUGGUGGUUUCUAGCCGUCUCAUGAACAACAUCGGUCAUACCUCUUCGGCCUCUUCGAUUACUGAUUCUUUUGUAACCAACAUCGAUAAGAAUGCAGUGGCUCUGUUGUAUGUAGCUUGUGGGGGAUUUGUGGCUUGUUUUUUAGAAGGAUAUUGUUGGACAAGAACAGGAGAGAGACAAGCAGCGAGAAUGAGAGCGAGAUAUUUAAAAGCAGUUCUCCGGCAAGAUGUUGGCUAUUUUGAUCUGCACGUGACUAGCACCUCCGAAGUUAUCACCUCUGUUUCCAAUGACAGCUUAAUUAUUCAAGAUGUCUUGAGCGAGAAGAUCCCAAACUUUCUAAUGAACGCGGCAAUAUUCGUCGGGAGCUAUCUGGCGGCGGUGAUGCUAUUCUGGCGGCUAGCGGUGGUCGGAUUACCUUUCGCGGUGCUGCUGGUGAUUCCGGGCCUUCUUUAUGGAAAAACAUUAAUGGGUUUAGCGAGAGAAAGCAUGGAGGGGUAUCAGAAGGCGGGAACAGUAGCAGAGCAGGCAAUUUCAUCGAUCCGAACCGUGUACGCUUUCGUCGGAGAAGACAAGACCAUAUCGGAAUAUUCAUCGGCCUUAGAAGGAUCGGUAAAGUUAGGGAUCAAACAGGGGUUUUCUAAAGGAUUGGCGAUUGGAAGCAAUGGAAUUUCCUUCGCGAUUUGGUCUUUCAUGUCUUGGUAUGGAAGUCGAAUGGUUAUGUACCAUGGCGCUCAAGGUGGUACUGUUUUUGCCGUCGGAGCUGCCAUUGCCGUCGGUGGAUUAUCAAUCGGUUCGGGCUUAUCGAACAUAAAGUACUUUUCGGAAGCAUGUGCGGCGGGCGAGCGAAUCAUGGAAGUCAUAAACCGGGUUCCAAAAAUAGACUCGGCCGAUAUGGAAGGUCAAAUCCUCCGAGACAUUUCGGGUCAGGUUCAAUUCACCAACGUCCAUUUCGCCUACCCAUCUCGACCCGAUACAGUGGUGUUAAACGAUUUGACCCUCACAAUCCCGGCUGGGCGGACGGUGGCGCUGGUGGGAGGGAGUGGAUCGGGGAAAUCGACGGUGAUCUCUCUGCUUCAGAGGUUUUAUGACCCGAUUUCGGGGAGUAUUUCGGUGGACGGAAUUGGGAUAGAGAAAUUGCAAUUGAAAUGGCUGAGAUCGCAGAUGGGGCUUGUGAGUCAAGAACCGGCUUUGUUUGGUACUUCGAUUAAAGAGAAUAUUUUGUUUGGGAAAGAAGAUGGUUCCAUUGAUGAUGUUAUUGAAGCUGCUAAAGCUUCUAAUGCUCAUUCUUUUAUUUCUCUGUUUCCUCAAGGAUAUGAUACUCAGGUUGGAGAAAGAGGAGUACAAAUGUCAGGAGGGCAAAAGCAAAGAAUUGCCAUUGCUCGAGCCAUAAUCAAGCGACCGCGAAUUCUGCUUCUGGAUGAAGCGACGAGUGCGUUAGACUCAGAAUCUGAGCGUAUCGUCCAAGAAGCUCUUGACAAAGCUGCCGUCGGUCGCACUACCAUCAUCAUCGCCCACCGUCUCUCUACUGUUCGCAAUGCUGAUCUUAUUGCCGUCCUCCAGGAUGGCCAAGUUAUGGAAAUGGGACCUCAUGAUGAUCUAAUAAAAAACCAAACUGGUCUUUACACCUCCCUCGUCCAACUCCAACACAAAUCCCCACCUGAGCCUUCUUCCACCACAUCCCAUAUCGAAAAAAUCACCACUACCACCAGUAGUCGUCGUCUCUCCCUCCUCAACCAUUCUAACUCUGGCAACUCAGGAGCCUCAGACUUAGUUCACGAAACUACCCCACCAUCAUCUAGUAUCGAGAAAGAACAGGAACUCCCAAAUCCAUCCUUUCGUAGGCUAUUGGCUUUGAAUUUGCCAGAGUGGAAGCAGGCUUUGAUGGGGUGCAGUGGGGCAGUAGUAUUUGGCGCUGUGCAACCUUUGUAUGCAUUUGCAAUGGGGUCGAUGAUUUCUGUAUAUUUCUUGAAGAGUCACGAGGAGAUUAAAGCCAAGACGAGGACUUAUGCGCUCUGUUUUGUUGGAUUGGCUAUCUUAUCUUUGCUUGUCAACAUUGUCCAACAUUACAACUUUGCUUACAUGGGGGAAUAUCUUACCAAAAGGGUUCGAGAAAUGAUGCUUUCCAAGAUCCUUACAUUUGAAAUUGGUUGGUUUGAUCAAGAUGAGCAUUCUAGUGGUGCGCUUUGCUCAAGACUCUCUAAAGAUGCCAAUGUGGUGCGAUCCUUGGUAGGGGAUAGGAUGGCUCUAAUUGUGCAAACAAUCUCAGCAGUAACCAUAGCUUUCACAAUGGGUCUUGUAAUUUCAUGGAAGCUAGCACUUGUAAUGAUCGCUGUUCAACCCUUAGUCAUAUGUUGCUUCUACACAAGACGAGUACUCUUAAAAAAGAUGUCCAACAAAGCCAUCAAAGCACAAGAACAAAGUAGCAAGCUUGCUGCAGAGGCUGUCUCCAACCUUCGAACAAUCACUGCAUUUUCUUCACAAGAACGCAUUCUCAAAAUGCUCGAGAAAGCUCAAGAAGGCCCAAAACGAGAAAGCAUCAAGCAAUCAUGGUAUGCUGGGAUUGGACUUGGUUGUUCUCAAAGUCUCACAACUUGCUCAUGGGCAUUAGAUUUCUGGUAUGGAGGCAAGUUGGUAGCACAAGGACAAACCACCGCUAAAGCUCUCUUCGAAACCUUCAUGAUUUUGGUGAGCACGGGUCGUGUCAUUGCUGAUGCUGGUAGUAUGACAACAGAUCUCGCGAAAGGAUCAGAGGCAGUUGGAUCAGUUUUUGACGUGUUAGAUCGAUUCACUAAGAUAGAACCAGAUGACCCAGAAGGGUAUAAACCCAACAAAUUAAUUGGCCAAAUCGAAAUAAAAAAUGUUGAUUUCAACUACCCAUCUCGACCAGAGGCAAUGAUAUUUCAUGGGUUUUCAAUCAAUAUUGAGGCAGGGAAAUCCACUGCGUUGGUUGGGCAAAGUGGGUCAGGAAAAUCCACUAUAAUUGGCCUAAUUGAACGAUUUUACGACCCGAUUAAAGGAACAAUCAACAUCGACGGUCGAGAUGUCAAAUCAUACCAUCUUCGAACACUAAGAAAACAUAUCGCAUUAGUGAGCCAAGAGCCGACACUAUUUGCAGGAACAAUAAGGGAAAACAUCAUAUAUGGAGUUUCAAAAACAGUAGACGAAUCAGAGAUAAUAGAAGCAGCAAAGGCAUCAAACGCACACGACUUCAUCUCAGGGCUAAAAGAUGGGUAUGAGACAUGGUGCGGAGACAGGGGAUUGCAACUAUCAGGGGGUCAAAAACAAAGGAUUGCGAUAGCAAGGGCAAUAUUGAAGAACCCAGGAGUGUUACUGCUUGAUGAAGCCACGAGUGCACUUGAUGGACAAUCAGAGAAGGUAGUUCAAGAGGCAUUGGAGAGGGUGAUGGUGGGAAGGACAAGUGUGGUGGUGGCUCACAGGCUGAGCACAAUACAAAAUUGUGAUAUGAUUGCUGUUUUAGAUAAAGGGAAGGUGGUGGAGACAGGGACUCACUCCUCAUUGUUAGGAAAGGGCCCGUGUGGAGCAUAUUAUGCUUUGGUAAAUUUGCAAAGGAGGUCCCAUUAGAAUCUAUUUCUCUUUCAAUUCAACAAGCAAGCUUGGGAUGUUGAGGAACAUAAAUUAGUAGCUUUAGACUAACCACAUUGUUAUUUUUAAUUUUAUGAUCUAGGGGGCUGGUUUUUCAUAAAUGGAGAGAGGGGAGGACUUCAAUAUGUAAAUCAUGUGAAGUUUUUUUCGGUUCUCUUCUUUCCAUUUUAUUAUAAGUUAUAAAGUAUAUAUAUUAUAACCUCUUUAUUUUAAACUAAAUAA